GCAUGCCCAUGUCCACGCCCCUGUCCCUCCUUCCAUAAUCCACAUCCACAUCGACAUCGACAUCGACAGCCACCCACUACACCCCCCUCCCCCUGUGCCUGCCCGCGACGAGGAACGGCGAUGCUCUACUGCGCUGGUGCUCUGCUCUGCUCGCUCUGUGUGGGCAGCACAGACCACUGCGCUACUCAAACUCUUGGCAUUUCUCCCUUCCCUUCCACCCUUCUUGCCUAACUAACUAACCUACCACCUACCUUACCCACCUUCGUUCCGUGAUCCUCAUCCUCUCCUCUUCUCUGCUCGUCCUCUCGCAUCCUCACCACCGCUUGCCAUCGACGCAUCUACCUUGCCGUCAACUCUUCCUUUCUUUCACAGUCUUCCGGCUACAAUCGGAGCCACAGUCCUUACACACCACGCUCCUUCGUCUACCUUACGAAUUUCAAUCUUCAACAACGAUCACCCCGUUCCAUUUUCAAUACUUACCGUUCUCCUGUUCCUGCUAGUUCCAGCGACGCAUUUCCACCACCAUUGCAUACACCACCCUUGAUACAAUCGAUUUGAUCACAACACCACCUCUCGACUCGCAAGUAGCGAUUCGUCCACUCAUUCAGUCCUUCGGAACAAUUAUUUGCAUCCGAGGAGAGAAGGAUCUAACACAGAUAUCACAGCAAGAUAGUCUCACUUGGAAAUCCGAGACACAAUCGCAAGCAACGAUGGAUAUGACUACAGAAGACCACAAGAGCAUGUCGGAAAUAUCGCAGGAGGAUGCGGCCACCAAGAUGUCAUCAACACCCAGUCCGACCGCGUCAAACUCGGCUGGCAGCACAUCGGCAUCCCGCAGACCACCCAGGAAGAGCACUCUAACCCAGCAACAGAAGAACCAGAAGAGACAACGUGCCACUCAAGAUCAACUGGUGACUCUGGAGAUGGAAUUUAACAAGAAUCCAACGCCAACUGCAACAGUCAGGGAGCGAAUUGCCGAAGAUAUCAACAUGACAGAGCGCUCCGUCCAGAUCUGGUUCCAGAACAGGCGCGCAAAGAUAAAAUUGUUGGCCAAGAAGAGCAUCGAGACGGGAGAGGAUUGUGAUGCCAUUCCAGAAUCAAUGCGUCAAUACCUUGCUAUUCAAGCAAUGGAGUCUGGGAAGUCGUUGGGAGGAAACUUCCUGGGUCGUUCAGGCCUGAUGCCUUAUGGUAGUGGCAGCCUCAUGAUGGGAGGCGAUCAGGGCCCACAAGGGAAAGUCGUUAUUCACCAUCUAUCAUGUCGAUCUUUGAGCAUCGGAUCCUGGAGACGAGUAGGCCAAAAUGCGAUGGAUCUCAUCAUCUUCUACUCACCAGAAAAGGGAUGCAUGACAUAUUACAUUAACAACGAUCAAGCUGGCUACAAGAUUGAAUACCCUUUCGCGUUCAUCAAGAAUAUCUUCCUGGAAAAUGGAGAUAUGGAGUCCGGAAAGCCCGGUGGAUUGGUGGUUGAGCUGAAUCGACCUCCUAACUUUUUCAUGGACUCAUCCGGAUCCGGUGGUUUCUUCCAGUGUGGUGAUUUUACAGAAGACCAACAGGCCUCGCAGCAAAUGAUUCAUCAUCUUGGAGGUCAUCCCAAGGUUUUGAGUGGUCAACUUGCCAAGCUGGUUUCCCUCGAAUCGUUCAUGACCCGACACAACCCAUUCGAACAGCAACAAAUGUCCGUCUCGGCACCGGUCUCCCCUAUUGGUCUGCGUCCAGCCUCUCAGCCAAACUAUAAUGCCCAGGCUCAUGUUGGUAUGUUCCAAGAGCAGUGGGGUGUCAAUGUCAAUCCAGGUCACCGCGGCGGACCUGGACAUAAGAGACAGAGAAGUAGAUCAGUGCCGAUGGCUGUUGACUUUUCCAUGUUCAACAACCCAAUGCCAUCCUUCCUCAUUCAACAUCCGAGCGAGAACCAACAACAGCACAACCCGAACAUCUUUGCACCAGUCCCACAACAGCCAAAUAAUCUGGGGCCUCUGGGACCCAAUCUCCGGAUCGAUACAUCAUCGGGAUAUGGAAUGGACUUCAGACAGUACCCUAUGUCUGCGGCUACAACCACUUCGCCAUCAGAAUUCGCCAGUCCUGGAUUCUUCUCGCAAGGACCUGAUACAGGCGCUCUUCCUGCAUCUUCGUAUAACAACACCCCGUUUACUGUCCCAUACCUGUCACCGAAUCCAAUGGCGGACCAAUCUGGACACAUGAUUCAGCCAUCCGUCUCACCGCUGUCUUUCAUGAGCCAUGGUGACCCAGCCAUCGUUGACCAAUCCCCGCCUAUGUCUAUGAUGCAUCGAAGUGCAUCUGCGGACGUGUAUAACAUGUCGCACGAUCACUCGAACAUCUCUGACGACGGCACUGGACUGAAUGAGAUGUACUCGAAACACACUCUCAACCUUCCGAUGCAUCCUCAUUCCCCAGCAUUUGCCGAGCAGUCGCAAGCAGAUAUGGACAUGAACCAGCUCGUCUCGUUCGAUGAUAAUCCAGCUAGCCUCUCGCCUGAAAACAUCACUCAGUAGUCAAUCAGGGCAGAUUGCGUUCAUUAUUGUGGCUGGUCCAAACCCUCGGCUCCGUGUUUUAUCGCACCCGGGUUUGGCUGCAUUUAGCGGUGGAAGCCGAGGAAGAUACCUGUCUCUUACCGAAGCUGGAUUUGUUUGACGGAGCACAAUAUGGGAGGCGUUCUUGUGGAUGGGUGUUUUGUUCAGUCGUACAUAACUGACGGCCUGCGUGGACUUUUCGAUUCUUGUCUGAAUUAUGCUCCGCCUAAUUACUCGUGUCGCCACGGACACGAAGACCCUUUUUGGCCAACUUUUUUUUUUUCUGUUUAGUCUUAUGCCACGAACCUACAUGACGAUAAAUUCUAUCUGGAUCAUGCUUGGCUGGCACAGCGAUCGCUUCCUAUUUUUUUUUCUUUUGGUUUUCCUGGCGCGUUUUGGGUGUUUUGUCUCUGUACCGAGGCGUAUCUUCAUCUUUUUUUUCUGUCUCCAGAGGAGAUGCUGGUAUGGAAAGGAAGUGGAGGGGGAGAUAAAUCUGGAAGUCUACAGGAGGGAGUGGAAUUAACGUUUUUGUCAAAAAUACUCGGGAGGAAGAGUUGCUGUUGCUUCGAACGGUUUGCUAGUUUGCGCGAGAGCAUGAUGAUAUCAUGGUGGGCUUAAUAAAGGAAAAUUCAUUAUCGAGAACUGAGCCAUGUCCUGCCAAUUACACAUACAAUCUCGGCCUAACGUGGCUCAAAUAAGCCAGCUAAGGUAGACGAUAUAUCAGAAAAGGUCCGCACGUGAGGCGGCUACUGGUUGUGCUGGGAACGUGGGGUUUACUAGCCGGUAGGUAGGUAGGUAUGUUCCGGAUGAAAGUGUCACUGGGCCCCCAUUGCGCGUUCGAACACGUCGUUUCGACUGUUAAGCUCUAGACCUGGUGAUACUUCAUAUAUGAGGUAAAAAUGAGUUUGGAAUUCUUCUACUUCCGCAGCUCGCUCCGAUCUGGUUGUCAAGUGACGUCGUCGACUUUCAGAUCAGACGAUAUAAAGGUUCGCUGUACAGUUUUCAUGGGAAAGAGUUCCAAAGAGUCUGGGAUCAAUCCAAGGAUUCCAACCAAAAGGGAGCAGUUAUCACGUACAAGAAUAAUUAGACGGAAAAGGACUAAGUGAACAAUUGAUCUGGAGGAGUGGUAGUGUAGAAUUCUAAAAUAAAAUGCUCCUUUGCACAGCCACUCUGCCGGUUGAUUUAGAAGCGAUCCAGAG